AUGUCGCGAUGUGUUGACGCGCAGCACAGCAUGCGGUCCUCCAGCCCCGAGAUUGCAGCAGCAGCAGCAGCAGCAGCAGCAGCUCGCGCUGCUGCUGCUGUUGCUGCUGCACAGGCAGCAGCCAUUGCUGCAGCGCGAGGCCUGAGAAGGACGCUAGCUCCUGUUGGCGAGCGCUGCAGCAAGAAGGCAGCAGCAGUUGCUGAAGCAGCAGCAGCAGCAGAAACAAUAACAGCAGCAACAACAUCAGCAGCAGCAGCAUCAGCAGCAGCGGCAUUCAUACAGCUGCAGCAACAGCAGCACCUGCGCCGACACCAGCAGCAACCACAGCAGCAGCAGCAGCAGCAACACGAGCUGCAGCAUCAGCAGCAGCAGAAACAGCAGCAGCAGCAGCACCAGCACCAGCACAGCUUUGUCAGCAGCUGUUCUAGCCUUCACACCCAAAGGGUCUAG